AUGCUGCAGGUGUCGCUGGGCAGGAACUUCUCCCACAGCACCUUUGUAUUCAGAGGUUUCCCUGUGCUGCACGGACAUCGCUGGCUGCUGGCGUUGCCCUUCUCCGGCUCCUUCCUGUCAGUGCUGCUGGGAAACUCUCUGCUGGUUCACGUCAUCCGCCGCGUGGAGAGUCUGCACAGCCCCAUGUACCUGCUCAUCUGCAUGCUCUGCGUUGUCGACAUCCUCGUGGUGAUCACCAUCAUCCCUAACAUGCUCCUCGGUCUCCUGUUUGACUGGGACGAGAUCUCGUUGGCCGGCUGCUUGAGUCAAAUGUUCUUCACUCACUUCCUGUCCUCAGUGGAGUCCACGCUGCUGCUGGCUAUGGCAUUGGACCGCUACGUGGCCAUCUGUCAGCCACUGCGCUACGCUGAAAUCGUAGACUCCUCCAUGUUCAUGUGGCUGCUGGUCUUCACUCUGCUGCGCAGCAUCUCCAUCAUGGCGACGCUGGUCGGUCUGGCCGGUUCGCUGUGGUUCUGCGGCUCCAACGUGAUCCAGCACUGCUACUGCGAUCACAUGGCGCUGGUCAGCCUGGCCUGUGACAGCACUGAGAGAAGCAGCACCGCAGGCCUCGCCGUCAUCGUCUGCUUUGUGGGCGUGGAUAUCUCACUCAUCUUCUUCUCCUACAUGAGGAUCCUGAGCAUCGUCCUGCAAGCAGCAUCAGCCGGGGAGGACCGCUGGAAGGCAUUUCAUACCUGCAGCACUCACCUGAUCGUCAUGAUGUGUUUCUACCUGGUGGGCAGCGUCACCUUCCUCUCUCAUAACCUGAACAUCCCCAUACCGACGGACAUCAACACCUUCAUGGGACUCAUAUACAUCCUGUUCCCAGCAACCAUCAACCCCAUCAUCUACGGAGUUCGGACUAAAGAAAUCCGCAAUGGCUUCUUUAGGAUUUUUAAACUCAGAACAAAGAGAAUAAUGCCAAUAAAAGUUUGUCCUGCUGGAAAAAGGCAAACGUGA